UGAGCUUCUUCUUCACACACACACACACACACACAGGGGAGGGAAAACACAUGGCAUGAUUAAACACAACCCCGUGGAGUUACCCCGGACGAAGCACGGAUGAUAUGGGGCAGACGCAAGGACGAUUCAGGUAUAAGAGCUGAUCUGACGCCUGUCAGUCUCAUCUUUUUCCCAAACUCACAGACCUCAAGCAGCCAACCUCUCUUCACCCCCUUUCUCGGUCCGCCAUCUGUCGUCCCCAUCAUUCCCUCCUACCCGUUGUCGUCAUCGUCGUCUGAACUUGCUUGACCAAGACAAGCUGUCAUCUGUCUUGCAGUCAUCAUGGCCUCCGAGAAGAAGAGCCAGCACAUCGACCUCGAGUCCAAGCCCAACGACAACUUUGUCGAGAUGUCGGCCGAGGACGAAAAGGGCGGUGUCCUGCAGCCCGGUGCGGACUACUCUGGCGCGGUAGCCAAGUCGAGCCCAGAGGAGAUUGCUCUUGUCCGGAAGCUUGAUUUAAGAAUCAUGCCAACACUCUGGUGCAUGUACUUCUUGAACUACCUCGACCGAAACGCUAUUGCACAGGCCCGUCUCGAUGGCCUUGAGACGGAUCUCGGCCUGGUGGGCUCCCAGUACAACACUUGUAUCUCAAUCCUCUUCGUCGGCUACCUCCUUAUGCAGAUCCCCUCCAACAUGCUCAUGUCUUCCAAGCACGUCCGGCCUUCCAUAUACAUGGCCGUGUGUAUGAUGGCAUGGGCCGUUGUCUCCGCCUGCACCGCGCUCGCCAAGAACUACACCCACCUCGUCAUCGUCCGCUUCUUCCUGGGCGUCACUGAGGCCCCCUUCUACCCGGGCGCCAUCUACAUGCUCUCCAUCUUCUACACUCGCAAGGAGAUCGCCACGCGCCUGUCGAUCCUCUACUCCGGCAACAUCUUCGCCACCUCCUUCUCGGGCCUCAUCGCCGCCGCCGUCUUCAACACCGUCGACGGGAACCAUGGCCUUCACGGUUGGCAGUGGUUGUUCAUCAUAGAGGGAUGCCUCACUUUCGGGGUUGCCGUCAUCGGCAUGUUCACCCUCGCCGACAGCCCGCUGACGACGCGCUGGCUGAAGCCCGAGGAGCGCCAGCUCGCCCACGAGCGCAUGCUUCGGGACACUGUCGGCCUCGAGGAGAGCAAGGGCGCCAAGGCCGGCUUCAUGCAGGCCGUCCGCGACCCCCGUCUCUGGCUGCUUUGUUUUAUUCAGAACAUGCACCUGUCGGCCUGCUCCUUCAACAACUUCUUCCCCACGGUCGUCGGCUCCCUCGGCUUCAACCCGACCAUCACUCUGGUCCUGACAUGCCCCCCGUAUCUGAUCUCCGGAAUCUUUGGCUACUUUGUCGGCAUCUCCUCCGGCAAAUACAACGAGCGCACGUGGCACAUCACCGUGUGCAUGGGCAUGGCCAUCGUCGGCUUCGUCAUCUCGUGCGCGACGCUCAACACCCCGGCGCGCUACGUCUCGUGCUUCCUCUUCGCGUCCGGGGCGUACGCGGUGAACAGCUGUAUCCUGGGUUGGGUGUCUGCCACCCUAGGCUCCACCCAGGAGAAGAAGGCCGUUAGUCUGUCCAUCGUAAAUGUCGUUGCCAAUGCUUCGUACAUCUACACCGCUUAUCUGUACCCCAAGAGCGACGGACCUCGUUAUCUAACGGCUAUGGCGAGCAAUGCUGCUUUUGCCUUUGCCUGCAUUGCCGGAACAUGGGCGCUGCGGGUCUGGCUUAUCCAGACGAACAAGAAGAUGGGAUCAAGCGGCACCAAGUAUGCUUACUAGCAGGGUAGCAAGAGUUCAAACUGGGUUUAUGACUACGCAACGACUUUGGCAGCUGUUUUGAAAGCGAACAUGGAAUAAUAAAUAACCUGGAAGAGGCUUUUAAGUAUUGUUUGUGAUGAGAACCAUGCGCCAAGGAAUGAAGGAAU